AUGGCGGACAGACGCGACACGCGCUCCGCCAUGCUCUCCGCGCUCGUGCCGCUGGUGCUACCGGCCAUGCUGCUGAGACGGCUGGGACGGCUGGGAACGCAGAGGCCGCUGGUACCGACGAGACCUAUGAAUGCUCUCCGCCUCCCGCACUCUCUCCGCCGGCCCCACUCUCUCCGCCUUUCCCGCUUUCUCCGCGUCCCGCUCCCGCUUCUCCUGUUCCUCCACUCCCGCAUUCCCCUAAAACUCCGCCGAUCCAAACCACUCCGCCACCUCCCGCAUGGGCGGACUCCACACCUCCCCGCGCCCGCGCGCGCAAGCACCGGCGGAUCUAGCGCCGAGAAAAGCGGACGCGGCGCGGACGCAGGCGGAGACGGCGCGGAAGCGGCGGACGGCGGAGCGCGCGCGGGAGGCGUGACCGCGGACGCCGCCGGCGGCGGAAACGGCGGCGAUAACGGCGGGUUCUGGGCGACCGUUUCCUCCGCGAUGCAGUCGAUGGCGGACGUGGUGACGCAGGCGCAGCGGGAGCUGCUGGAGGGGGAGUACAGCGCGGGCACGCCGUGGCUCGAUGAUGAUGACGUGUCGCUGCUCCAUUCGCAGAUCACCCCGUACAACUUCAUCAAGGUGGUGGAGGUGUCGCGCCGGGCGGACAACAGCCUGGCAGGCUCGCGAGUGCUGCUGCUGGACCAGCCAGGGAACAUCCACUCCAUGCACUUCAAACACAAGCCAUGGACGGGGUCCUACUACGAUCUCUUCACGCUGCUGCCGCCUCUGCUGCCCUCCUCCUCGGGUCCCAUCGCCAUUCUCGGCCUUGCUGCUGGCACUGGCGCUCGCCUGCUACUGCGGCACUACCCGCACCUGGAGCUGCAUGGCUGGGAGAUAGACGAGCACGUCAUUCAGGUAGCCCGCACUUACUUUGAUCUGGAGGAGUUGGAAGAUGGCUCCUUUGCUGCCCAGCAGCUCAGACCCUACGUGCCUUUCAGUGAUAGUGACACUGACAGUAACGAAGGAGACUAUACGGGGGAUGAGAAGGAGGAACAAGAGCACGAAACAAGACCAGCAGCAGCAGAAACAGGAACAGCUACAGCAGAAGCAGACCCAUCGCAUGCGGAUGGCAUUGGACGUCUCGUAGCGCACUGCGGCGAUGCGCUCUCCUCGUCAGCUACCGUGCCGGGCGGUUUCGCAGGCAUCAUAGUGGAUCUCUACAGCCGAGGCGCUGUCGUGGCGCCACUUCAGCGCGAGGACACGUGGCGCGAUCUCAGCGGUCGGCUGCGCCAAGGGGGGAAAAUCCUGGUGAACUGCGGAGGGGGGUGUGUGGAGGGGGAUGAGUCGGUGCAAGGGGAUGGAGAGGCAAUCAUGCUGGCGACUUUAGAGGCCAUGGCUGCAGUGUUUCCACCAGAGUCGAUCUUGUGUCAUAGAGUAGGGGAUGAGGAUGGGGAGGAUGAUGGGAUGGGUGCGGGGGAGGCGAGAGAGCAAGCAGAGGGAGGGGGCGUUGGGGAGUGGGAGGAGGAGUGGCGAGCACGGGUGCCUGCAGAGGUGGGGGGCAAGGUGGGGCAGUGGAUGCCGCUGGGGAGAUUCAUGGAGGCACAACGGCGACGCAUGCAGGCGAAAGCAACGGCACGGCUGAGGUGA